CUCCAACAACUUUUCUCAAUUCGACAGCACUGUAAGACUUGGGUAACAUGUGCUAAAAGUCGGGGGCUGUCAGGGACCGUCGAUACAGCCCAUCUUGUUUGAACUUGCACAUGGACGGAUGAAGGAGUGCGUGCCCAUACUUGGAGCGCGGGUUUUAGUGGCAUUCUGACGUCUGAGUCGCACCCACGGCUCUUACAAGACUUCGGUAUAGGGAAGAAGCAUGAUAUAUAAACGUGCGUUAUGUGUGUUGCUCUACCUGUUGCUCUACCCUACAAUUAGCCUGGUUGAUUUAUUAGACGCUCAAAAGUCACCCGAUACUGCUCUUAUCUAUCGCGAUAGAAAUUUCCAUCAUUUCAUCUUUUCCCCAUCUUGCUCCGCUACUGGCGGAAACAGCCUUGUUCACGCAGGCUCGUUGAUGAAAUAUCACAACGACGACCAAUAUUUGACAAUGCCUCCGAUAAACACACUAGAUUAUCCAGGUCAACGAUCUGACCACUGCAAACCUAGAGCGGCUGUUCAGAAUGCCCUCGUAAGAUGCGAAACGUGUAAGAUGAAAAGGGCGAAAUGUGAUGGUGGCUAUCCGACCUGCGGAUGGUGUCAACGUCGUAAUGUCCUCUGCGAGUAUCGAGACAAAACAGCAGGAUCCGGAGCUGGUUUUGGAAAAGGGAUUGAGCAACGAAUGAAUAAGCCCGAAUAUCUUUUGGGGUCGCUUGAAGAUAAAUGCCAAAGUGAAUGUGGUGGAGUUCCAAAUAUAUCGGGGUCCGACGUCAUGGAUCCCAGUUUUAUAGCUGUCCAGAUGAUCUGUGAUGAUUCUGCACCCAACCCCUGGGAUAGCAAUCUCACAGGGACUUCGCAAGUCGAGAGGGCGCUCUAUGUACAGACCCCGUCUGCACACACGAUAAGCGCCCUGGGUAAAAGUCUAUACUUGCCACCUCUUAGCAAUUCUACGAGGUCUAAUAGCUUUGAGCCGUCGAUGUCAUUCGCCAGCAUAUCGCCCUUAACACAAACAUCUACCACGCCUCCAAACUUCACUACACAGGAGUCUGCCUCCACAUGGUCGGUAUUCCAGUUGCCAGGCCCAGACGCGAUACAAAUACAGGAUCAGCUACUGAUUGACGGUGACCUUCCACCUCGCAAUAUUUUAUACACUUUGAUCAACCUCUACUUCGAGCACAUCAAUACGUGGUGCCCCAUAUUGCAAAAGGAGCCUAUUCUCAUUAUGUUGCUCAGCCUAUCUACACUUAAUGAGACAGAUCAAGUUUUAUUACAUGCGAUCGUGGCAAUAUCUUUACGAUAUUUUACUGAUACCAGCCUGAAUGACGGGAAGAAAGAGCAAUACUACAAGGUCUCAAAGGAUAAGGUACUGCUUUUCUGCAUACAUAAUUCCUCACUCAAGACCUUGCAAGCUCUGCUGAUCCUGGCAUUGGAUCUCUACUGGGGAUGCAGCAAGUUGGGAGGAUGGAACAUCACAACCAUCAUCACCCGCACCGCAACUCAACUUGGUCUAACUGUGGAGAACACCUCUUUCUUAGCGUCUCCGUAUUCUAUAUUUCUCGACGACUUGAGGCCGAUGACGCUGCCAGAUUCGCAAACCUUUGUUGAAAAUGAAUCGAGACGAAGGCUGUUCUGGAUGAUCUAUAUCCUUGAUCGAUAUGUAGCAAUGGAAACCUCUUUCGACUUCGCCUUAAAUGAUGAGCAAAUUAGACGAAGGCUGCCUUGCCACGAUGAAUUCUGGAUCAAGAAUCAUUGGGUGGAAACAAAAUGGUUUCAGGCUAGGUAUAGCUCUGAAACCCUACCGGACCACAUCCCAAACCAGCAUGAGAACCUCGGGGCCUUUUCAUAUCACGUCGAACUUUUUGGUAUCCUGUCUGAAAUCUGUAGGUUCCUCAAGGAUCCCAUUGACAUCACUUUUGCAGACAGCGCGGAACGAUGGCAGAGACGAUACGAAGAGCUGGACAUUUUACUUAUGUCUUGGCAGUUUAGCUUGCCAACAGAAUAUCGAAACAUUUCCGAGAAGCACCUGGAAGCGAGUGAUCAGCCGUUAGAUUGCAUAUGGAUCAUGUUACAGGCGACAUAUUGCACAGCAACCAUUCAACUGCACUCAUCUGCCAUUCGCCACAUUACAAACGGGUCCAGCUUUGGCUCUUUAAGCGACGCAAAUCACAGUUGCUUUUGUGCCGUAGAGGAUAUAGCUACGCUGGCAGUGUCUGCUCUAGGCAAUGGCCUGCUCACCAGAUUGGGUCCCCCGCUCGCCUUUUCGCUCUACAUUGCAGCUAGGCAUUUGUUGAUCCACGGGCGCGCACUUGAACAAAAGCCAUCAUCCCAGGCUGCUAUCUUAGUCAAUACACUUCGGGAGAUAGGUCGAUACUGGACUGUUGCUGUCCGGUACCUCGAGCUGCUUUAGUUCUAGCCUAGCUAGCAUAAUCACAUUACAAUCUCAGUUAA